AUGGCCGACUACGAUGCGAAAUACAUGCAGAACAGCGACUACGAUGAUACGCAGAUGGGCGGCGAUGAGUAUUAUCAAGAUGACUUAGAUAUCUCACCAGAAGACUGCUGGAAAGUCAUCGGGUCUUUCUUCGAGAAAAAGGGCCUAGUUUCUAUGCAGAUCGAUUCUUUCGACAAGUUCAUGUCGCAAACGAUCAAGGAACUCGUCCUCGACAAAGGCUCGAUUACUUUAGACCAUGCGAAGAACCCAGACCCCGAUGAGAUUAACCCCGUAAUUAUCGAGCGCCAUGAAGUCAAGUUUCUCGAUUUCACUCUCUCAUACCCGAAUGUUGUCGAAGGCGACGGCGUGACGAACGACUUGAUGCCACACGAGGCUCGGUUGCGCAGUCUGACCUACGCCUGUCCUGCUUUCAUCCUGAUGUCGAAGAAGACCUACUGGGCGCGAGAGCAAGAAACAGACGCUAAUGCAGUCAAAACCGAGGGUGAGAACGGCACACUCUACUGGGAGGUGGGACAUUCAGACGACGACAUUCCAGAUGACCGACCGGAAUCUGUGUACAUUGGCAAGAUUCCAGUCAUGCUGAAGAGUGGGAGCUGCUGGCUCAAUCAAGAUUCUGGCAAGACCAAGUCUUCGCGCAAGAUUUUCAGUGAUCAGGACCUCUUUGCCUGGGGCGAAUGUCCUUAUGAUCAAGGCGGUUACUUUGUCAUCAAUGGCAGUGAGAAGGUGCUCAUUGCGCAGGAGCGGAGCGCUGGCAACAUUGUUCAGAUCUUCACGAAGGCGGCCCCGUCACCGUUCACCCACCUUGCUGAGAUGCGGUCUGUGGUAGAGGGAGGGUCUCGGCAGAUGUCACAAUGUACCGUCAAGCUGAUGAGGAAGAGCGACGGCCCAGAUGGAACCAAGAUCGACCAGCCCAUCAGGGUUCAGCUCCCCUACACCAAGUUGGACGUUCCUUUGGCGGUCGUCUUCCGUGCUCUAGACAUUGUCUCUGAUUCCGACAUCAUUGAGAAAAUUUGCUUCGAUCACAGCGACAAGGAGAUGAUUGAUAUGCUUAUGGGGACUCUGCAGGAAGGCCAAGCCAUCCAGCGUGGCGAACACGCAAGAUCUUUUAUUGCCGUGAGAACGGGUAAUGAGAAGUUGACUCCGCCUCAGAGACAACAAAUCACCAACGACAUCCUACAGAAGGAGUGGUUGCCUCAUAUCGGGAAAGGUCCAGAUGCAUUGACCAAAAAGGCCUACUACUUGGGCUACAUGGUCAAUCGACUGCUCAAGUGUGCUCUUGGUCGAACAGAACCGGAUGAUCGAGACCAUUUGGGCAAAAAACGUCUUGACUUGGCAGGUCCCCUGAUGACCACUCUUUUCAGGACGCUAUUCGAUCGCGCUACCAAGGAUUUCUUCCGCUACAUGCAGAAGCGCGUUGAAUCUGAUCAGCCUAUCAACAUCCGUGCUGGCUUCAAGCCUAAUAUCAUCACCAACGGUCUGAAGUAUUCGUUGGCGACAGGUAAUUGGGGCGAUCAAAAGAAACUUGACAAGGCGAAAGCGGGUGUCUCUCAGGUGUUGAACAGAUAUGCCUACGCUUCUACCGUCUCACAUUUGCGAAGAACAAACGCACCCAUCGGUCGCGAAGGCAAGAUUGCUAAGCCCCGACAGCUGCACAAUACUCACUGGGGCUAUGUGUGCCCAGCAGAAACGCCUGAGGGUCAAGCUUGUGGUCUAGUCAAGAAUCUGGCACUGAUGACACUCGUCACCAACGACGUUCCCAUUGGGCCACUGCGAGACUAUAUUCUCGAAAAGGAUGUCGAGGCCCUGGAGGACUGGGAACCGAAGCUCAAUCCUCAAGCGACGAAAGUGUUUCUUAACGGUGUCUGGUUCGGCGUGAUUGUACGCGAUCCACGAUUCCUCGUCGACCAUAUGAAGCAGCUCAGGCGCUCGUGUGUUAUUGACUCGACUAUCGGCCUAGUCUGGGACAUUCGAGAAAAAGAAUUCAGAAUCACUGGUGAGGGUGGCCGUAUUAUUCGGCCGUUGUUUACCAUCGAUAAUGACAGAACCAGCCUGAACAACGGGAACCUGACUUUAAGCAAAUACCAGAUCGCUCGACUUGAGGCCACUCAACAAGCACGCGAUUCUGGAGACGUUCCGCCUGAUGAGCCUUGCGAUUGGGAGACACUUCUCAGAGAAGGUGCAGUUGAGUACCUUGAUGCUGAAGAGGAGGAGACGGCUAUGAUUGUCAUGACUCCGGAGCACCUGAACGACUCAAAAACAAGGGAUCAGGGUGGUGAAAUCGAAACGAGUGACGAUCCCCUCGCGCGACAUGACCCGUUACUGACCGAUACCCACACUCAAUUCACCCACUGCGAGAUUCAUCCCAGCAUGAUCUUGGGUGUUUGCGCCAGCAUCAUCCCAUUCCCUGAUCACAACCAGUCGCCCAGGAACACGUAUCAAUCCGCCAUGGGCAAGCAAGCCAUGGGUGUUUUCUUGACCAACUUCGAGCGGAGAAUGGAGACAAUGGCCAAUAUCUUAUACUACCCGCAAAAACCCCUGGCGCGGACAAUGGCUAUGGAAUACUUGAAAUUCAGAGAGCUUCCUGCUGGACAGAACGCCAUUGUCGCCAUUGCCUGUUACUCUGGCUAUAAUCAGGAAGAUUCCGUUGUGAUGAAUCAGAGCUCUAUCGAUCGCGGCCUGUUCAGAUCGCUUUUCUACCGCACAUACCAAGAGCAAGAGCGGGUGGUCGGCCAGGGUGUCUUCGAGGCCUUCGAGAAGCCUACACGUGCGGACACACUUCGGAUGAAGCAUGGUACCUACGAGAAGCUUGAUCAGGAUGGGAUCAUUGUCCCAGGUGUUCGUGUCAGUGGCGAGGACAUCAUCAUGGGCAAAACGACCCCAAUGGCGCCCGAUGCCGAGGAGCUUGGCCAGAGACAGAAGGCCCACAUCAAACGCGAUGUGUCCGUCCCGCUCCGUUCUACUGAGUCUGGUGUCAUCGAUCAGGUUAUGGUUACUACCACCUCAGAUGGCAACCGAUUCGCCAAAGUUCGUGUGCGAACUACCAAAGUCCCGCAAAUUGGCGACAAGUUCGCUUCGCGUCACGGUCAGAAGGGUACGAUUGGUGUCACCUAUAGAACUGAAGACAUGCCUUUCUCCCGCGAUGGCAUCGUGCCAGACCUCAUCAUCAACCCUCACGCCAUUCCUAGUCGGAUGACGAUUGCCCAUCUGGUUGAAUGUCAACUGUCCAAGGUUGCGACUCUCCGUGGAGACGAAGGUGAUGCUACACCUUUCACGAAGGUCACGGUGACACAAGUCUCCAGGAUCCUGCGCGAACAAGGCUACCAGAGCCGUGGAUUCGAGGUCAUGUAUAACGGUCAUACGGGCCGCAAACUCAUGGCUCAGGUCUUCUUCGGUCCUACCUAUUACCAACGUCUACGCCAUAUGGUCGAUGACAAGAUUCACUCCCGCGCGCGCGGCCCCACUCAGAUCCUGACACGCCAGCCUGUUGAAGGUCGUGCUCGUGAUGGUGGUCUGCGUUUCGGAGAGAUGGAGCGCGAUUGCAUGAUUGCCCAUGGCGCAUCCAGCUUCCUGAAAGAGCGACUCUUCGACGUCUCGGAUCCCUUCAGAGUGCAUGUCUGUGACAUCUGUGGCUUGAUGACAGUGGUCGCGAAGUUGAAGAAGAACACUUUCGAGUGCAAGAAUUGCAACAACAAGAACCAGAUCAGUCAGGUCUACCUGCCUUAUGCGGCCAAACUGCUCUUCCAGGAGUUGUGGGCCAUGAAUAUCGCAGCGCGCUUGUAUACGCGCAAGUCGAAAUAA